ACUCACGUGCCUGGCCGCCCCGCCCAGGGGCUCCCGCCAGCCCUGGCGGCGCCUUGGUGGCGCGUGGGUGUCAUUGGCAUGUUGACCAACAGACUCCUGCCCUGCCCAGCUGGAGCUGUGCCCCCAGCUGCGCUGCCUGAGGCCUGUGGGUGGGUGGGAGGACCAGGGAUGGGGACGGAGAUCUGGGAGCCUCGGCCUCCACCGCAGGGUGAGCAGGUGGAGCAGCAGCAGGAGAUGCUGGGCAGGGAGUGUGGCUGGUCCUUCCUGCACUGCCUUCCUUUCCCUGAAGGGAUUCUGCUCAGGGAGGCAGAGUCUAGGCGACCUAAUUUCUAGGGGCGAGGACAAGAACACAGCCACACCGGGAUGUGGCUGACCGUCUACCUCCCUCCUAGGGGGCUGGCAGGGGCUUCUGGGACGGUUUUGGGACAGGUCUGGGGCACCAGAACCGGCUCAGGCAGGUCUCCCACCCCUUAUCCUGGGGGUCUCCAUGGGAAUGAAAGCCAGGAGUUCAUCAGGCACCCAGCUCAGUCGAGGGGGCGGGACCCAGCGCAGCCCGGCCCCUCCCUGGACCAGGACCUCAAAUACCGGCCCCUGCCCUGGUGCCAGAGCUGCUGCCAGAGGGAGUCAGGGCAGUCCUGUGUCGGACACGCCCGCAGCCUGGACCCGGGAUCCCCAUUCCCCUAGGAUCUCUGAGCCUCGGGCCUCCGCACCCACAUCCCAGCCUCUCGCUCCGCGCCAUGGGCGGGCCCCGGGCUCUGCUGGCCGCUCUCUGGGCGCUGGAAGCCGCCGGGACCGCCGCGCUUCGCAUCGGAGCCUUCAACAUUCAGAGCUUCGGUGACAGCAAAGUGUCGGACCCGGCUUGCGGCAGCAUCAUCGCGAAGAUCCUGGCUGGCUAUGACCUCGCGCUGGUGCAGGAGGUGCGAGACCCAGACCUCAGCGCCGUGUCCGCGCUCAUGGAGCAGAUCAACAGCGUGUCCGAGCACGAGUACAGCUUUGUGAGCAGCCAGCCCCUGGGCCGGGACCAGUACAAGGAGAUGUACCUGUUCGUGUACAGGAAAGACGCGGUGUCGGUCGUGGACACCUACCUGUACCCGGACCCCGAGGACGUCUUCAGCCGCGAGCCCUUCGUGGUCAAGUUCUCGGCCCUCGGCUCCGGUGAGCGGGCCCGCCCCUCCUCUUCCGCCGGCCCGCCCCUCCCCUCCCGCCGAGCUCUGACGCCCCCACCCCUUCCCGCAGCAGCACAGAAGCUGGUGCUGGUCCCGCUGCACGCGGCGCCGCAUCAAGCCGUGGCGGAGAUCGACGCGCUCUACGACGUGUACCUGGACGUGAUAGACAAGUGGGGCACCGACGACAUGCUGUUCCUGGGCGACUUCAACGCCGACUGCAGCUAUGUGCGGGAGCAGGACUGGGCCGCCAUCCGUCUGAGGAGCAGUGAGGUCUUCAAGUGGCUCAUCCCUGACAGCGCCGACACCACGGUGGGCAACUCAGACUGCGCCUACGACCGCAUUGUGGCCUGUGGCGCCCGCCUGCGCCGGAGCCUGAAGCCCCAGUCGGCCACCGUGCACGACUUCCAGGAGGAAUUCGCCCUGGAUCAGACUCAGGCUCUUGCCAUCAGCGACCACUUUCCAGUGGAGGUGACCCUCAAGUCCCACCGAUGACUCGAGGCCUGGCUGGGGCAUGCCACCUGCAGACCCUGGGUCUGAGGAAUGGCCCAACAGUGGCCCCUUCAGGGUGGCAGCCACCCUUCAGUGAGGCCCCAAGGCAGAGUCGGCUGGUCUCUCAGAGUGGACACGUGAUGUGCUGCUCUGUACCUCCAUUCCCCAUCUGUGAGACGGGCUGCAUCCAGUGACCUCAUGGGGAGCUGUGAGCCCCAUGAGGGGUGCAGGGAGCACUGCCCGGCAGAUGUCUGCUCAAUAAAUGAGCCGCUCCCGGUCCGGCCCCACAGCUUGGCUCCCAGGCCUCUGUCCUUCCUUAGGACCCAGCCUCAGCUCCUUAGGGGUAGCCAUGGCCUGGGCUGCCCACCCUGUGUCCUGGUGGGACCUGGCUGCCCCCACAGCCUGUUGGCCCCGGAAGGCAGCUCAGGGACGCUCCUUGCUCAUCCUCUGUGGAAACUACAAAUGCUCCCAGGAGCCUGUACUGUGAGCACAGCUGGGACAGGGAUGGUGCCAACACACCAGCCUCCUGGGCCCUCGGGGGUCUCAGAACAGCUCUCCCAGGCCCACCCCCGCAGCCCCUAUUCCAGGGCCCUGCAGGGGCCCCCAGGCACUUGUCUGUCUCAGGAGCCGGGUCUUACCCAGCACUGCAAGGGGAGGCUGGCCCCAGUUAGCACCCCUGGAGCUUUUGGGGAGCCUGAGAACAGUGGGCGGGCUGGACUCCUCCCUGCCCAGGCAGGUGGCUUGGGACUAAGGUCCUGUGCAAAGAACUGCACAGCUCGCCGUGGCUCAGCCCUUCAAGGUUGCUGCCCUGUGCCUGGGCAAGCCCACCACAUUAGGAUAGGGAACAGGCAGGCCCAUGGGUCCACUGGGUCACUGACUGGGACCCGAUGAGGUUUCUGGUUUUUGAAACAUCACAUCUUAGCAAGAUGUGGGAACUUGGUCUGAAUCGCAUGGGAGGAAAAACCUUUGAUUCAAGGGUUUGGAUGAGUUUGGUUCUUGUAAAAUCCUUCUUAAGGGACAUUUGGGUCCCUGGCAGCACAGCUGCCUCCAGAGUCCCACUCCCGCUGGCUCAGGAUCCCCCAGAUGCUCUGAUUCACUGCACUCCCUUCAUCCUGAUGAGUAAGGGCAGUGACCAAAGGGCUUUUCUCUGGGGAGUUCUGUGUGGGUCAUGGGGGCCAAGACCACCUGGCCUUACACCUAAGAGCAGGCAGUCCAAAGGCCAGAAUGGACGACCAGGGACUUGAUUUACGAUUCUGCCUUGGGAACGGAGACACUCCGUGGAGACCUCACCAGCUCCAGAAUGGCACCCCCCUGCCAGUCACAAUCCCAAGUCAAAAGGCUGCCCUCCAACUCCCCUUGCCUGAUGGGCACAGGCACCCGUGU